AUGUUCAAAUCAUAUUACAAUAAGAAGAGAUUUCAAAAAAAGAAAAUAAUAUUGAUUACAAGUAUUUCAUUAUGGGCAAUAGGUUUAUUUUAUUGGUAUUUUAAAUUUAUUUAUAUUCCACAACAACAUCAACAUCAUGAAAUGGAUGAAAUAAUGGGAGAUCAUUCAAUAUAUAAUUUACAUGAUGGAUUUUAUAAAGAAAUUGAACAUAAUCAAAAAUUACCAACUUCUACUACAUCAACAUUAUCUGUUGCAAAUGCAGAUCAAACAGUUACACCUAAUCCUGCAAAUCAGAAUCAUUUAGAUGAUGAACAACAACUUAAAGUAGCGCUUGAAGAAUAUGAAAAUGAGCAAUAUAGACUAAAUACGGAAGAUUUUAGAUACAACAAUACAUUCUUAAACUUGUUAAAGAAUCAUUUAAAUUUAAAUAAAGAAAAUGAUCAAUUUUCAACAAUAUAUGAUUUAAUAUUAAAAGAUCAUUCAUUAAUUUCGAUUUUAAAAAAUUUAAAUUUUAAUCAACGAUGUGAUUUAUUUUUUAAACACAUUUAUUUACAAAAUCAAAAUUGGAAUUUUAAUCCAAAUGAAGAUUAUACAAUCUAUUUAGGUGAAGAAGGAUUAAAUGAAUUUAAAGAGGGAAAUUUUAAAGUUUUGAAAUAUAAAUUUUUCAAACAACUAAAAUCACCACCUAAAAGUAUUUAUGAAAUUAAUGAUGAUGAUGAAAAAUUAAAUGAAUUUAUUAUCAAUGAAUAUACAAACAAAAUAAGAAAUGAAAAACAUAAAAAAAUGAUUGAUAAUAUUUCAAUUUUUAGAAUUUUUAAUAAAUGUUAUAUUACAAAUGAUAAAAAGGAUCAAAUUGAAACAACAAAUAAAUUUAUAAAUAAACAAAAACAAUUUAUUGAAAAUCUAAAUAACAUAGAAGAUAAUGACAAAAAUUUUAUAAAUAAUGAUGAAAAAUUUUCAUAUAAUAAAUUUGAAAAAUUAGUAUCUGAAAGUCAUAUAGGAAAUAAAUUUCAACAUAGAUUAUAUCCAUGGUUAUCAUUUGAAAAUCCAAUAUUUGAAAGAUGGACAGGACAAAUUAUAAAUUAUCCACCAAAUUUUAGAACAAUUUUAAAAGAUAAAUCUCAACCAAUUAAUAAAGAAUUUAUAAAAGAUUCAAAAUCAAUUAAAGAUUUAAAUUUUUUUAAAAAUUUCAAAAAUCAAUGUAAUGGAAAAGGUAUUGUAUUGACAGUUGCUAAUAUACAUGUUGAUUAUGUUAUAAAUUUAAUUCACUUGCUAAGAUCUUUAAAUAAUAAAUUACCUAUACAAAUUAUCUACUUCAAUGAUUUGAAUAAUGAAAGUAAAAAAAAAAUUGUAACAGCCGCAAGAGAAAAAUUUAAUAGUUUACCAAAUUCUUUUGAAAAUGUUUCAGAAUCAUUUACAAAUUUAAACCCCGAAGAAGGUUUACCAAAACAAGAAAUUUGGUUUGUUAAUAUUGCUAAUGUCAUAAAUGAAAAUUAUAAAGAAAAAUUUCAUGGGUUUUCAAAUAAAAUUUUAGCUACUUUAUUUAAUUCAUUUAAUGACUUUAUGUUGAUUGACGCUGAUACAGUUAUGAUGAAACCUCCUGAAUUUUUUUUUAAUUUAAGAGGUUAUUUAAAAACUGGAACUUUAUUUUUUAAAGAUAGAUCAAUAUUAGAAAAAAGACCAGCGGAAGAUAAAAUUUUAUUUAAAAAAUUAUCUCCUUCAACUAUUGAUUCAAUUAUGUUUAAUAUUCCAAUAUUAACAAAUUAUACUUUAAAUUUAGGAUUAUUUAUUGAUUUAUGGCAUCAAAUGGAAAGUGGAAUGGUUUUAAUUAAUAAAUCCUUACAUUUUAAUUCAAUAUUAAUGAUAAAUCAUAUAAAUUUAUUUUCAAAUUUAAGGGAUAAAUCUUAUGGUGAUAAAGAAUUAUUUUGGUUAGGUUUUGCAAUUAAUGGUGAUGAAAAUUUUUAUUUUAAUAAAUUAAAUGCUGCUUCAAUAGGAGUUAUAACUUCAAAUAAUGAAAGAACCAAGCCAGAUGGCUCUCCUUAUAAAUCAAAAGAAAUUUGUUCUUCUCAUCCUGGUCAUAUAAAUGAUGAAGAUAAUCAUUCAUUAUUAUGGAUAAAUUCAGGUUUCAAAUUUUGUCAUCAAUCUUCUUUAAUUGAUUUUAAUAAGGAAAGUUCAAUAGGGGGUGAUAAAUUAAAAUUUUUAGAACCUGAUCCAGAAGUUUAUGAAAAAUUUUAUAAUAUUAAAAAUAGAAAAUGCUAUUAUUCCACCAAUUGGAAAUAA